AGGUAGAAGAAAAGGAACAAUUACUUAUAGUUAAGAGAGAGAGUUGAUUAUAUAGCUUUCAAUAUGGAGGAUCCCAAGAAAUUAGAAGAGGGAUUUGGCUAUCAAAAGAAAAAUACAAGUGAAGAAAAUAUUGAUAUUACUAGCCAUCAAGUGAACAAAAUAGCCACAAAUAGAGUUGAUAAUAAUAAUCAAGAAUUGGCUAGCAAUGCAAAUCAGCAAAACAAAUUGGGCCAAACAUUGCAAAUGGAGGAAGAAGAAGAACAAUUAUCUAUUAAGAAGAAUAAAAGGGUUGCUACAUUGGAUGCAUUUAGAGGACUCACUAUAGUGUUGAUGAUAUUGGUAGAUGAUGCUGGUGGAGCAUAUGCAAAAAUAGAUCAUUCACCAUGGAAUGGUUGCACAUUGGCUGAUUUUGUUAUGCCAUUUUUUCUAUUCAUUGUUGGUGUUGCAAUUGCUCUUGCUUUAAAGAGAGUACCAAAGGUUAGUGCUGCAAUUAAAAAAGUAACACUAAGGACAUUAAAGCUUCUCUUUUGGGGAAUUAUUCUUCAAGGAGGGUACUCCCAUGCACCAUAUGAACUAGUUUAUGGAGUGGACAUGAAAUUAAUCAGAUGGUGUGGUAUAUUACAGAGAAUAGCAUUGGUGUACUUGAUAGUAGCUCUAAUAGAGAUCUUAACUACAAAGAUGAGGCCAACAUCUUUAACACCUGGUCAUUUCUCAAUUUUCACUGCCUAUAAAUGGCAAUGGCUUGGAGGAUUCGUUGCAUUCGUUGUUUAUAUGACAACAAUAUAUGGUCUUUAUGUUCCUGACUGGAGCUUUGUCGUGCACGAUGGAGAUAGUACAGAAAGAUACACUGUAAAAUGUGGGAUGAUGGGGCAUUUAGGACCUGCCUGCAAUGCAGUAGGUUACGUGGAUCGACAAGUUUGGGGUAUCAAUCAUCUCUAUAAUCAACCUGUUUGGGCACGGUCCAAGGCAUGCACAUUGAGUUAUCCAGCAGCAGGUACAUUUCGUGAUGAUGCUCCUAGCUGGUGUCGCGCUCCAUUUGAACCUGAAGGUUUGCUGAGUUCAAUUUCAGCUAUCAUGUCUGGAACCAUUGGCAUACAUUAUGGACAUGUCUUGAUUCAUUUCAAGGGUCAUGGUGAGAGGCUAAAACAAUGGAUUUCACUGGGAUUUGGUUUACUUAUCAUAGCUUUUAUUCUUCAUUUCACAGACGCAAUUCCUUUAAACAAGCAACUAUACAGUUUUAGUUAUGUUUGUUUCACUGCUGGUGCAGCUGGAAUUGUAUUUUCCGGAUUCUAUAUACUGAUUGAUGUUUUGGGAAUGAGACUGCCAUUCAUUUGGUUGGAAUGGAUUGGAAUGAAUGCAAUGUUGAUAUUUGUAUUGGGAGCACAAGGCAUCUUUGCUGGAUUCAUAAAUGGAUGGUAUUUCAAGAAUGAAGAUAACAACCUUGUAAAUUGGAUUCAACAUCAUGUAUUUUUUGAUGUGUGGAAGUCGCAAAGAGUGGGAACUCUAUUGUAUGUGAUAUUUGCUGAGAUUACAUUUUGGGCAGUGAUUGCUGGGAUUUUGCAUAGAUUUGGUGUCUAUUGGAAACUAUAAACAUAGAGGCUCGGAUGGGCGUCAAGUGGUUGAUAUUAUCCCUCCCGGACCAGAACUUCUUGUUUCCGAGGGCUUCUUCAAGUUCAAGUUCAAGUUCCGCUUGUUGUUUUUCAUUUUGAUACGAGUAGGUGCUUGCAGUUUGGUCGCUAUCUACUAAAUUAUCAAAAAGUCAAACGAAGACAUAUUGUAGUUUCAUGGUAUUGUGAAGUAGUGACGGAGGCUUGAUUUUCACCCGAGGGGUUUCAUCAAUUACUUUUAUGUAGACGGGGAAAAGAUCGACUUAUUAUACAUACAGUGUGAUUAUCUGACGAAGGGAGCUCGGAUGAACCCUUUCUGUUGUAUAGUGUAAUCAAAAUCAUUAUA